ACGUCAUAUUUUGUAUGCUUUGUGACUUAGGUGUGUGAAGUAUUUCUCGAUUCUCUUAUAAAAAUUACUUUUCAGCAACCGAAAAGAUGAACAUAUUUCGACUCUUAGGUGACUUAUCACAUCUCGUUGCAAUUAUCAUCCUCCUCCUCAAAAUAUGGAAAACACGAAGCUGUGCCGGUAUAAGUGGCAAGUCGCAAAUUUUAUUUGCGAUUGUAUAUACAACACGUUAUCUAGAUUUGAUAACAACAUACGUGUCAGCAUACAAUACAUUUAUGAAGAUCAUUUUUAUUGCAACUUCUUAUGUUACAGUUUUUUUAAUGUAUGUGAAAUUUAAAGCUACGUAUGAUCAUAAUCAUGAUACAUUUAGAAUUGAAUUUUUAAUCCUACCUACAUCGGUGUUGGCAUUAUUAAUCAACAAUGAAUUCACAAUUGUAGAAGUUCUAUGGACAUUUAGCAUUUAUUUGGAGUCUGUAGCAAUAUUGCCACAAUUAUUUUUGGUAUCAAAAACAGGAGAAGCAGAAAGUAUUACCAGUCACUAUCUUUUCGCUUUGGGGUCUUAUAGAGGCCUGUAUUUGUUAAACUGGGUCUAUCGUUAUUAUGCAGAAGAUCAUUAUGAUCUAAUCGCUAUAGUUGCUGGUUUAGUACAAACAAUUCUUUAUUGUGACUUUUUCUACCUCUAUAUUACCAAAGUAUUGAAAGGCAAGAAGUUACAACUACCUGCUUAGCUGCAUAGAAGUAUUAUCAUUUGGAAAAUUAUAUAUUGCUCAAACGAGCGAUAUUAUUAUUAAUUGAAUUUAUAUAAAUUUUGGCAAUAUUUAAAAAUCGAGGAAUGUUCAUGUACAAAGUAUACAUUUUAUUAAUUGUAAA